AGAUUUUUAGCUCUUUUGUACCACAGCAGAGCAACAUCUACUUCAAAAGGCUAUGGCACGUUUCCAAAGUCUUGAUGAUAAAGAAAUGGACUCACUGGUAACUUUCUUUGGUAUCAAUGGCUACUUUGAAAUGCCAAACUGUAGGGAAAUCUCAGAUCAAAUCGCAGAGAUUGCCAAGAAGCAGUUGUGUGAUACCCCACGUCCUCUUUACGAUGCCAUGCGACGUGGUAUUCCAAGUUUACACUUGUCAUCAUUCUGGGCGCAGUUAACGAUUGACGAAAUUUCAGCUCUCAUCAUCUCCCAGCGUCCUACCCCUAAGAAGGUGGUAGACUGUAUAUUGUCGGAGGAGGAAUUCGUCAGACCAGAGGAGGAAAAGGUUCUGUACUUCUUGAAACAGUUUGUGAGAGGACUAGAUCAGGAAGACCUCCUCUCAUUUCUGCAUUUCGUUACAGGGUCAAUCCACAUGCCAGUAGGGGGAAUUAAGGUAUCCUUCACAAAACUGGCUGGGGAAUUAAGGAGACCCAUUGUACACACAUGCUCAAAUCUGAUAGAAAUAAGUGUGCUGUAUUCCUCUUUUCAGGAGUUCCGUCGUGAAAUGACGCGGUAUUUGAGGAACGAAUAUGCUUUCCAAUUUUCAAUUCUGUAAGCUUAGCAGAAGGGUGCAUUUGAUAUAUACAGUUAAGGAAAUGUGAAUGUACAGGUUUCUUGGCCUGGAACCCUGUCAUUAGCCAAUCACGAUCAGAACUGAGUAUUCACCAAGUCAUGACACAAUGCAUUGCCGAUUAUGAAUGUUUUAAAUGAAGAUCUUUCUAUAUAUAACACUUGAGAUGCAUCUUCUUUGGUAUGUUUAUUGUUCAGGAUACAGAAAACGUUAAGUAAAUACGCUUUGUUUAAUGUGAAUACGUUUGUUAUGCAUAUUUCUACAUGUGGGGUGGACGUAUACAAGUUGGGUUUUUUUCUAUCAAAGUAAUUGUAACUGUACAUACUAUUACAUAAAAGAAAUUGAAUUUCCUUGGCAUUGUUUGCGUUUAUGUUUCCUUAAACAGAAAUAUACUUUAC